AGAAAAGGGUUCUAUGUUCGCCGCAACAGUGGGGAGCAUAGGACCUUUUUUCAGAAAAAGGGUCCUAUGCUCCCCGGUAUGUAAUGCUACAGGGGAACAUAGGACCCUUUUUGGGAAAAACGGGGACCCGUGGAACAUGGGGAUGACCCCGACCCAACUACACCUGACACUCAAGAAAAGCCAUUUUCCAAGUGAUUAAAAUCAGAUGGGUUUAAGAGUGUGUGUGUAUGUGCGUGUGUGUGUGCGUUUAGGUAUGUAGUGUGUGUGUGCUCUUUAACCAGUUCACCUUAGAACUCAAAGAGAAAACGCUUCAAGACAAUUGCUACUGUGCUUAAUGCCGUGGUGCGGUCUCGGUUUAUAGACCUACUCUAUGGAGUAGGCCUACAUAAGCUAUUUGUGUAAUACAGCUCGCCCUCACAAGAAAUACUAGUCAUAAUUAAUAAAACUCUUGAUACAUUGUAACCUUAUUUGAAUUAUUCAUUGAGUCAGGGUUUUUGUAAAAUAUUGAACAGCGGGAGAGUAUAGGCGAUGGUGUUUUUUCUUUUCUUAUUUACGUUCCGUUUCCCAUCGUCUGUUUUAAAACUCCGAGAAACUAUCCAAUAAUUAUCUAUGUUUUUAAUCACGCUUACGUUGUAACCCUUACAUAUAACUGCUUAACUAUUAAGUAGAAUAUAUUCGAAUAUAUUGUCUAUAAAUUAAUAAUACGACGUGGGGAACCCAUCCCCAAGUCUUGACUCCCCGGUGGGGAAUUAAACGAUUUCCGAGUUGUUCCGAACGCAUCUUACUGUUCUAGUCCCAUCCAUCGUACGGAGUUAUAAUUAUGCCUACGAAAAUGGCGUAAAUGGAUGCACUUAGGAUGUGUGGCUGCACUUAGAUCUGGUAUUCCAGAUCCUUUAUUUGACACGACUUGGAAGUCAUACAAUCCCAAGUUGGGACAACCAAUUGCUUCAGUACAACAAACAGUGGAUACAGAUAUUGUUACGUCCACUUUGAACACUACUCGUCACAACCGCAAACGAGCCCCUGUAUGAAUUCAACGCAUAAACAUGGUGAAGUUGGAGCUGGAUCAAGUGGUGGUACGGAGGAUGAAGGAGGAUGACAUAGACACUGUCAAAGCACUCAUCAAGGAAGGAGGUGAAGGAACGGAGAACCGCCUCAUCCUCCACGUCCUCACCCGUCCUCUGUGUCUCUUCGUCCUCGCUAUCAUUUCCUCAGUGCUCCGCUGCGUCGUCCACUCCUUCAUCUUGGCACUGGCCAUACCCGUCUUCCUGCUCAUCGUCUUCCUGAAGAUCACCAUGCCGAGGGCCACGGGGGUCCUGGGCACCAGCCGGCCCUGCUGGGACUACGUGGGCAGCAGCCUCAGGGGGGCCGGGGACGAUAUCCUGGAGAACCCCUACACCAGGAUCAGCGGCAAGACAGCAACCACACAAAAGCCAAAGCGGAGGAUGAAACCCAAGACCACGGAGGAGGCGUCCGCCCCGUCGGAGAGGAUCGACCCUGACCGGGAGGAGGCGGCGGGCCAGGUGUGGCUGGCCGACUGCGACGGCGAGAUCGCCGGCUGCGUGUGCCGGGAGAGUGAGAAGCGCCCGGGGACCAGGAGGAUCUGCAGGGUGGUGGUGGGCUCCUGGUACCGUAGGGAGGGCCUUGGUCGCCUCCUGGUCCAGAGCCUGGAGCACAGGGAGAGGGAGGCCGGGGUCUGCAGGCUCUACGCCCACGUGCCGUUCCCGUCCACGCUUGGGGAGGUGUUCUUCAGGAAGCUGGGCUACCGGCCGCUGGGAGAGCGGACCGGAGAAGAAGGCGAGGAGGAGGAUGAGGAGGUGAAGGUGGAGAGGCCAGAAAGGGGAUUCCUGGGUUUCCCCCUAACCAAGGUGUAUUUCAAAGACCUCUGAGGACGUUCAGGUAGCCUCUAGAAGAACUACACGUGGGAAAUGUUGAGGGACUAAAGAGAAAAGACUAAAUUUGGCAAUCAAGUGUACAUGUAUACUUCAGAGACCAGUGUAACUACAUCAGCUAUUUGCGUCUGUUUCAUUAUUUAUUUGAAUCCCUUUGUUAUUUAUAAUCAGUAUUUAUUCAUGGUGUCUUGUUCUUAUUUUGUUGCUAAUUUUCUAAGGAGAGUGGAAAUGUUUGGAUUCUUGUUUGUGAUGAACUAAAAUACUUUAUGGAAAAGUG